UUUCUGAGCUCAUCAGCUCGCAUCAUCACUCACAAGAUGCUGCAACGGCAAUCCAACUGAAUUCGAUCCCCAAGUACCAGGCUAUAUAAAUCGAAGCCAUUCUCGCCAUGGAUGAGCACACAACACACACAAGAAAGAAGAAGAAGAAGAAGACGACGGCGAAGAUGAAGGGAGCGGCUGCGGUGGCGAUGGUGGUGGUGGCCGGCUGCUUGCUGGCGGCGGCGGCGGUGUCCGUCGUCGACGGCGCGGUGACGUGCGGCGACGUGGACGCGAGCCUGCUGCCGUGCGUGGCGUACCUGACCGGCAAGGCGGCGGCGCCCUCGGGGGAUUGCUGCGCCGGCGUGAGGCACCUCCGGACGCUGCCCGUCGGCACCGCCGAGCGGCGGUUCGCCUGCGACUGCGUGAAGAAGGCGGCGGCGCGGUUCAAGGGGCUCAACGGCGACGCCAUCCGCGACCUCCCGGCCAAGUGCGCCGCGCCGCUGCCGUUCCCGCUCAGCCUCGACUUCGACUGCAACACCAUUCCAUGAGCAUUCUGAACUUCUGGAGAUGGAGAGUUGAGACAAAGCUAGAAUAAUGAAGAUGGUUCAUUUCAAGUGAACCUGUUGCUAGUUUGUACAACAAGCUGCAUGCAUGCAUGCAUGCCUGCCCCUUCUUGUUGGAGACAGUCAUGCUUAAUGUUUUUUUUAUCUACAAUGAAUAAUAAUAAAUAAAAAUAUCUCCAAUUUAUUUGGAAUA